AUGGCCUGCCAGUCGCAGGGCAUCCAGCAGCUGCUGCAGGCAGAGAAGCGCGCGGCGGAGAAAGUGGCCGAGGCCCGCAAGCGCAAGGCCCGGCGGCUGAAGCAGGCCAAGGAAGAGGCCCAGGCGGAGAUCGAACAGUACCGGCUGCAGCGCGAGAAGGAGUUCAAGGCCAAGGAGGCGGCUGCUCUGGGCUCCCACGGCAGUUGCAGCACCGAAAUGGAGAGAGAGACCCGGGAGAAGAUGACGGUCCUCAAGAACUUCUUCCUGCACAACAGGGAAGAAGUUCUGGACAAUCUCCUGGCCUUCGUGUGCGACAUCCGGCCGGAAAUCCAUGAAAACUACCGCCCAUGCGGAUAG